AUUGAACUCCAUUUCCCAUGCUGCCCCGCGCAUCAUCGCUGCUACUGCUGAGCCGCAGCUUCAGUUACCGAAGAUCCGCGGACCUGAAGGAGGACAGUGACCGAGGCUGCGCUCACGCCGGGAACGCGGACAGACUGUGGAACGGACGGACAGGACAGGAGCUUUUCCUGAGGUUGUUGGCAUUGCGGGGUCAGAGGUCACGGUCCCAUGUGGUCUGGUAGAAGAUGAAACAACAUGACUUUGGACAGAGCGAGUCGGGGUCCUCCUGCAGCGCUCUGCCGGGGUCGCAGGUUUCACUGGAGGACAGAUCGACUGACUGCCACUGUGAAAAGCUGGAGGAGGGCGGAGCUAAAGAUGAAGAACAGAGCAAAGGUGGAGAGGAUGACAGAGCAGCAGGAAGCAGGGGAGGAUUCAGGGCGGGGCUACACACUGAUUGACAAGCUGCUCAUUGACAGUCCUCAUCUGCACCCUCUGCAGCUCAGGUGGGAUCAUCCCGUCGACAGUGCCGGGUUCUUCUCCUUCAUGACAUUUAAUUGGCUGACUCCUCUGGCCAUGUGCGCCCGCAGGAAGAAACAGCUCCUAUUGGACGAUGUCUGGGCUGUGUCGCAGCGGGAAAGCUGCCAUGACAACAGCAUGAGGCUGUGGGCUCUCUGGGAGGAGGAGCAGAGGUCAAAGGGCACAAGCGCCUCUCUGUGUUCAGUUGUCUGGGCGUUCUGUAGGAGACGCCUCCUGCUCUCCAUCCUCUGCCUCGCCGUCACUCAGGUGGCUGGGUUCAGCGGGCCGGCGUUCGUGGUGAAGCGUCUGCUCGAGUACACCCAGCAGGAGGAGGCCGACCUGGGCUACGGGCUGCUGCUGGUUCUGGGUCUCCUCGCCGCGGAGCUGGUGCGGUCCUGGUCUCUGGCUCUGACCUGGGCCCUGAACUACCGGACCGGGACCAGACUGAGGGGAGCCAUCCUCAGCCUAGCCUUCCAGAAGAUCCUGCGUCUGCGCAGCGUCAGGGACAAGUCUGUGGGACAGCUGGUGAACAUGUGCUCCAGUGACGGUCAGAGGAUGUUUGAGGCAGCAGCCGUGGGCAGUCUGCUAGCAGGAGGCCCCCUGGUGGCCGUCCUCGGUGUUGCCUACAAUCUGUUCAUCCUGGGACCGACCUCUCUGCUGGGCUCCACUGUCUUCAUCCUUUUCUACCCGACCAUGAUGUUCAGCUCGAGGAUGACGGCGUAUUUCAGGAGGAAGGGCACGGCCGUCACCGACAGGCGUGUUCAGAAGAUGAACGAGAUCCUCAGCUACAUCAAGUUCAUCAAGAUGUACGCCUGGGUCAAAGCCUUCUCGCAGGACGUCCACCGGAUCCGGGACGAGGAGCGCAGGAUCCUUGAGCUUACGGGAUACUUCCAGAGCAUUACAGUGGGCGUGGCUCCCAUCGUUGUCGUCAUCGCCAGCGUGGCGACAUUCUCCGCCCACAUGUUGCUAGGAUACGACCUGACAGCUGCUCAGGCCUUCACCGUGGUAACGGUGUUCAACGCCAUGACCUUUGCCCUGAAGGUCACACCGUUCUCUGUCAAGUCGCUGUCCGAGGCCUCCGUUGCUGUGGAAAGAUUCAAGAGUCUCUUCCUGUUGCCUGAGGUCGAUGGGGUCCGAGCGCUGCCCACCAACCCUCAGGUUGCCGUGGAGAUUAGCGGUGCCAGUCUGGCGUGGGAAGGAGGUGGACAGAGCGCUCAACCCAGUCCGAGUGUGGGAGGGGCCAGCAGACACCGACAGAGGGAAAAGUGCAGAGACUCGGCCGUCAUCCAGGAAGAGGACGAGGAGGAUGUGAAGGACUCCCUGCUGAGAGGAAGAGAAGGAGGAGAGGAGAGAAGUCCGGAGGAGGAAGACGGGGAGGUGUGUCCUCCAUUGCUGCCCACCCCCUCCAUCCCUCAGCGGCUGCAGAGCACGCUGCACAACAUAAACCUGAGCAUCCAGCAGGGGAAGCUGCUCGGCGUCUGUGGGAGUGUCGGCAGUGGAAAAACUUCGCUUGUUUCAGCUAUCUUGGGACAGAUGAUGGUGCUGGAGGGCAGCGUGGCGGUCAAAGGAAGGCUGGCAUAUGUGGCCCAGCAGGCCUGGAUCCUGAACGCCACGCUCAGAGACAACAUCCUGUUUGGGCUGCAGUAUCAGGAGGACAGGUAUCAGUCCGUCCUCAGUGCCUGCUGCCUCAGACCCGACCUCGCUCUUCUGCCCAGCGCUGACCUCACAGAGAUCGGAGAGCGUGGUGCCAACCUGAGUGGUGGGCAGCGGCAGCGAAUUAGCUUGGCCCGCGCCCUCUACAGUGACCGGGACGUUUACAUCCUGGAUGACCCGCUAAGCGCCCUUGACACCCACGUGGCCAGCCACAUCUUCCACAACGCCAUCAGGAAGCAGCUUCGCCACAAGACCGUCAUCUUCGUCACCCACCAGCUGCAGUAUCUGGUGGACUGUGAUGAUGUCAUCUUGAUGAGAGAGGGGAGUAUUGUGGAACAGGGUAACCAUGACAACCUGAUGAAACUCAGUGGAGACUAUGCCGCCAUGUUUAACCUCUUCCUGCUUGGAGACAAACCACACAUUGAGGCUCCGAGCAAGAAGAAUGGCGGCUCUCAGAGGAAAUCAGCGGACACUAAACCAGGAUCAGUGAAGAAGAACAUCCCGGUCGUCAAGGACAACGGGGAGGAGCAGCAGUACGGGGCCGUGGUGUGGCCUGUGUUCCAGGUGUACAUGUCAGCAUGUGGUGGCUCCGCCUCCUGCCUGCUGAUCGUGGCCCUGUUUGUCCUGAAUGUGGGAAGCUCUGCCUUCUGCCAUUGGUGGCUCAGUUACUGGAUCAAUCAAGGCAGCGGGAACACCACGGUAACCCUUGGCAACAGUUCGACAGUAAGUAUCAGCAUGAGAGAUAAUCCCAUGAUGCAACAGUACGCCGCCAUUUACGCCUCCUCAAUGGGAGUCAUGUUGCUCUUCAAACUCAUCAGAGGGGUCGCCUUCGUCAAGGGAACCCUCCGAGCUUCCUCUAAGCUGCAUGAUGAGCUCUUCCAUAAGAUCCUGCGUUGCCCCAUGAAGUUCUUUGACACGACUCCCACGGGACGGAUCCUCAACCGCUUCUCCAAGGACAUGGAUGAAGUCGACACUCGUCUGCCCUUCCAAGUGGAGAUGUUCAUCCAGAACGUGAUCCUGGUCUUCUUCUGCCUGGGCGUGAUCAGCUGUGUUUUCCCGUGGUUCCUGGUGGCCGUGGGUCCUCUGGUCCUGCUCUUUGCGGUGCUCCACAGCAUCUCCAGGGUCUUCAUCCGGGAGCUGAAGCGGCUGGACAAUGUGACAAUGUCUCCCUUCAUGUCCCACAUCACCUCCAGCAUCCACGGCCUGGCCACACUGCAGGCCUACGAUCGAGGCCGCGACUUCCUGCACAGGUACCAGGUGUUGCUGGACCAGAACCAGGCCCCGUUCUACCUGUUCAGCUGUGCGAUGCGGUGGCUGGCUGUGCGCCUGGACAUCAUCAGUGUGGCUCUGAUCAGCAUCACAGCUCUGAUGAUGGUUCUGAUGCAUGGAAAGAUCUCCCCUGCCUACGCCGGCCUUGCUAUCUCCUACGCCGUGCAGUUAACAGGUCUGUUCCAGUUCACGGUGCGCCUGGCCUCUGAGACCGAAGCUCGCUUCACCUCCGUUGAACGAAUCCAUCACUACAUCCAGUCCCUGUCCCAGGAGGCGCCGGCCCGGGUCAAAGGUCGAGCCCCGCCGCCCGACUGGCCGCAGGAAGGGAAGCUGGUGAUGAAGGAGGUGGAGAUGAGGUACCAGGAGAACCUCCCUCUGGUCCUCAACAAGAUCUCCUGCACCAUCCGACCCAAGGAGAAGGUCGGGAUCAUUGGCAGAACCGGAUCAGGUAAGUCGUCUCUGGGCGUGGCCUUGUUCCGGCUGGUGGAGUGCUCUGGUGGCUCCAUCUUGAUCGACGGCGUGGACAUCAGUGACAUCGGGUUGGCCGACCUUCGUAGCAAACUGUCCAUCAUCCCUCAGGACCCGGUGCUGUUCAGUGGCACCGUCAGGUCCAACCUGGACCCGUUUAACCAGUACAGUGAGGAGAAGAUCUGGGACGCCCUGGAGAGGAGUCACAUGAAGGAGUGUGUGUCCCAGCUGCCCCUGAAGCUGGAGUCAGAGGUGGUGGAGAACGGAGAAAACUUCUCGGUGGGGGAACGUCAGCUGCUGUGCGUGGCCCGAGCGCUGCUGAGACGGUGCAAGGUACUGAUCCUGGACGAGGCGACUGCAGCCAUGGACGCCGAGACAGACGCUCUGAUCCAGGAGACCAUCAGGAGCUCGUUCCACCACUGCACCACCCUGACCAUCGCUCACCGCCUCCACACUGUCCUGGCCUCCGACCGCAUCAUGGUGCUCAACCAGGGGCAGGUGGUGGAGUUCGACGAGCCGUCCAAACUGCUGGCCAAUGAGAACUCACGGCUGUGUUCGAUGCUGGCCGCCGUGGAAAACAAGAUCUCGGUGCGAGGAUAAGGACAAAGAAGCUGCUGUACUGUAACUGACCUCAGGGUGGCGCUCGCGGGCAUCGCUCUGACUUACUGUUGCUUUUUUGCGACAUUCUUCUCUCGAAUCAUGUGACCGUCGUUUUUAUGACCUGAUGUGAAGCAGGUCUGUGCUCACUGAAGUGCUUUAAACAUCUGUCACAUGUUGUCUGGUGGGUGGGGCUAAAGGACGCUGUACUUUAAUCUCCUUUGUUGUUUUUAUCGAUGUUGUUUCGCCUCGACUGCGGUUUCCUUUGAUCCAGAAGCUGAUCAGCUAUUUAUGAAUUUGUUCAGAAUGUAAAGAGGACUGUUUUUAUUCUAACCUGACACACGUGAGCUUCUCUACAUUUUUAUAGUCUCUUUUUUGCACGUUUGUGUAGAUUUGAUUUUUAGUUCGUAAAGUGAAGCCUGUGCUGCCCUCUAGAGGAGAAGCACAGUAAGUACAUAUUAGUCCGGUUGGACUGUUAAUGACUCUGUAACUUGUUUGAUAUCAGUGAAAAAUGCAGCUUUUAAUCUCAGAGCGCGGCCGCUUUGUGUUUGCGUAGCGGCUGUGCUCAGGCUUCGUGUUGGUGGCUCUGUGAUCAGACAUCAUGAUAUUUACUGCAGAACACGCAGGAAGUGCCCAUGCACAUGAAAACAGUGAUUUAUUAAGCCUGAUGUUUCUGUUUCCUCCGUUUAUGGAGUUUCUUUUUCUCUUAAACGUCUUUAUUUAAUGUGAAAAUUAGAAAACGAUGCUGACUCCAGCGUGCGGGGCUCGAGCUCGGGCUGUGCACAUGUCAGCGUGUCUCUGUAGCUGUUCCUAUAAAUAAACUACUGACUUUAACUCCACCUGUCCUCCUUA